CUACUUAAUAAAACAAAAAACCACCCCUCCUAUAAAUACUAUAGCCAACUCUCAUCACGACCUACAGCCAAGCUCCAAAACUACAAUUUCCAUUCCACAAGCAGAAACAUGGGAGAUGAGGUAGCUUUGGAAAUGAACACUAUUUCUUCAAAAAGCCCCAUAGCUUCUGUAAUCUCCAACGUGCAGUCUUUUUACACCUUAGAAGCAGCGGCCGGCAACAAGCUCGCUGCACAAGAGCCAUGGCUUCCGAUCACAGAGUCAAGAGACGGCAACGCCUUCUACGCAGCGUUUCACGCGCUUAGCUCGGGGCUCGGGUUCCAGGCCCUCCUCCUUCCUCUCGCCUUCUCAUCCCUCGGCUGGACAUGGGGGAUCUCGUGUCUGUGCGUUGUUUUCGUGUGGCAACUCUACACCAUGUGGCUGUUGAUCCAGCUGCACGAAUCGGAGUCUGGGGCACGAUACAGCAGGUACCUCGGAUUAUCGAUGGCUGCUUUCGGUGAGAAGUUUGGGAAGCUGCUGGCCCUCUUCCCCGUAAUGUACCUAUCAGGAGGAACCUGCGUGACCUUGAUCAUGAUCGGCGGCGGCGCCAUGAGAACGUUCUUCCACAUCAUCUGCAACAUCGUCGGCGUUGGCUCGCUGACCACGAUAGAGUGGUACAUGGUCUUCACUUUCACGGCCGUUCUUCUAGCUCUGUUUCUCCCCAACUUGAACUCUGUAGCCAGAGUUUCCCUCGUCGGAGCGAUCACCGCCGUUAGCUACUGCACAUUGAUAUGGGCUGCGACAGUAGUCCAAGGCAGGGUGGCUAUUGAUGAUCAUCAUCAUGUAGCUGUUUCGAGAGGGAGCGACGGAGUUAUCGAUCGGAUUUGUGGUGUUCUUAAUGGCGUUGGGAUCGUGGCUCUGGCUUUCAGAGGCCAUAAUCUCGUCCUCGAAAUACAGGGCACGAUGCCGUCGAGCGCGAAAACGCCGUCGAGGGAGCCAAUGUGGAGAGGAGUUCAGAUUGCUUACUUGAUCAUAGGCCUCUGCUUGUUUCCCCUUGCUAUUGCUGGCUAUUGGGCUUAUGGGGACCUUAUCCCAGAGGGAACCGGAGCAAUGUUGCAAGCUUUGUACAAAUACCACGGGCGGGACACAUCCAAGUUGAUACUCGGUUCAGCAAGUUUGCUGGUCGUGAUCAACUGCGUCAGCUCCUUCCAGAUCUACGCGAUGCCGACAUUUGACAACCUCGAGCUAAGAUACACCAGCAAGAUGAACAAGCCAUGCCCACAGUGGCUUCGUUCAGCGCUCAGACUGUUAUUCGGGUGCCUGACCUGCUUCAUCGCGGUGGCUCUCCCAUUCCUGCCAAGCCUGGCCGGGCUGAUCGGAGGGAUUGCCCUGCCGCUCACCUUGGCGUAUCCGUGUUUCAUGUGGAUUGUGAUGAAGAAGCCAGGCAGAUACAGCAGGAGCUGGUGUUUGAACUGGAUUCUGGGCGUCUCUGGGAUGGUUCUCAGUGUGCUUGUGGUGACCGCGGCCAUUUGGAUUAUCGUCACGAAGGGUAUUGGAGUCCAUUUCUUCAAACCCUAGAGAGAGUAGUUACAGUCUUUGCUAACUCAAUGUAAAAGAAGUAAGCACAACCAUAGUCUUAUUGCUAGCUCGAGGUAAAGAAAGGGGAAGUAAAGCACAACCAUUUCCCCAAUUGUAUUCAUGGUGAAAACUUGAAACCCCACAUUCUGCGCCUUGAGCAUUUCUCUUUACAGUAGUUGUACAUCAAUUCUUGUAAAGAAACAUAAAAAUUGCCCCGAGCAGAAUUACACAUCCGUUCAGUGAAG